GAAAAAGAUCUAAAUAAAACUACUUUGGAAUGAUUGUGUUAAUUUUGACCAGUUUCUUUAUUUCACUUGAUGUUAUGGAAAUGAGUACAGGAUUAGGGCCAGUUAAAGUAAGAUCUAUUCCGUGUAGGGCAGAUAGUGGCGGCCCCUUGAUGUGUGGAAAGUACCUAGACGAACUUGUUGGAGUACUUAGUCGAGGGCCUGCUGAUUGCGUCGGCAACGCCCCUGCUUUGUAUGUGAAUCUCUCUGCAUACCGAGACUGGCUGGCAGAUAAAUUGUAAACAUUUUGUUUUUCUGUCUAAAAAAUAAAAACUUUAUUUCUUUCAUA